GCCAUUUUGAAUAAUCGAGCGUCAUGAAAUCAUGAUAAUUUAUCCGGCUUUAUAAAAUACGUAAACAACAAAGAAUAUAUACGUAUAUAUUUUAGUAUUUUGAUAUAUAUUAUCAUUAUUUAAGGGAUUUUUUAAAAAUAUUUAUAAUAAUUAGUGUAUUGUAAUUUAAAUUUCUUUGUUGUGACAAAUAGGUUAAAAACGGUGGGAAAGUUAUUUUUGAAUAAUUAUUUAUAGUUUUAAAGUUUUCACAUAAAAUUUUUUUUUUCUUUUACUGGGAGUUUAUUUUUUACUUUGGUUAUGUCUACGCGUCAUCAUUGUGUUGAUUAUUUAAUUUGUCACAUACGUUUAAGAAAUAUUGACUUAAAAUUUAUUAAAUAACAUAUUUUAUAUUUACCAAACGUUUGAAAAUAUAUAUUUUUAAAUUAUUUUAUUAAAUUUUCUGACAAAACAACAAAAUGCUCAUAAUUAAAAGUUUAUUUUUGGAAGCAGUCAAUAGGCCGAUUAUUUAUCAGUCAAUAGUAUCAUUUAUUUUUGUAUUGUUUACAUCAUUAUUAUUUUUAUAUCUCAAUAAUAUACAACCUGCUUAUUAUAUUGACGAAGCUUUUCAUGUUCCUCAAACCCAAAAGUAUUGCAAUGGCUCCUUUCUGGAGUGGGACAAAAAGAUCACGACACUUCCUGGUCUUUAUAUAUUAUCAGCAAUAUUAUUAGCACCAUUUAAUUUAUGUAUGACAGUAUAUUUACGUGGUAUUAAUUUAAUUGGUACCUUUAUUAAUUUGUAUCUUAUAUACCAAAUAUUGAGUACAAAAAAAUGGGUACAAAAAUGUAAAGCUGAAAAUAAAUCUUGGUUACCGUUGAUGGUGUCCUUAAGUAUAACAUUAUUACCGCCAUUAUAUUUUUGGCAUUUUCUUUAUUACACUGAUGUCUUAUCAGUCAAUUUAGUCUUGACUAUGUUUUUACUACAUCACCGCCAAUGUUAUAAAUACUCUGCAAUCGUAGGUGCCUUAGCAAUUUUCGUAAGACAAACAAAUGUCAUAUGGCUGAUAAUAUUAAUAGGCGAAAGAAUAUUGACAAUAAUUGAAGCAGAAACACCGCAAAGUAUAUCAGCAUUGCGAGAUCGAGGUAUUUACGGAACAUCAAUUCACGCAAGGUUAAUCUGGAAUAAUGUUAGACAUUACAUCCAACGUGGGAUUCGUCCAUUUGCAUCAUUUGUAAUGGAUAUAAUCUCCCACUUGAAGUAUCAAUCAGUAGUAGUACUAUUGUUCGUAGUAUUUAUCAUUUGGAAUAGAGGUAUCGUGUUAGGAGAUCGCAAGGCUCAUGUACCGACAAUUCAUCUGCCUCAGUUAUUUUAUUUCUCUAUUUUUACUUCGGGAUUCGCUUGGCCCUACAUGCUGCCUCAUGUCAAGUCAUACAUCCAAUGGAUUUACAAACACUGGAUCAUCACAAGCUUAUGUUUAUUAAUAAUGACUGUUAUCGUCCAUAGUAAUACGUUGGUACAUCCGUAUUUAUUAGCUGAUAAUAGGCAUUACGUUUUUUACAUGUGGAACAAAUUUAUGGGACGUUAUCAUUUAGCCAAAUAUAUUCUGAUACCUUUUUAUGGAUUUUCUGUCUAUGCUACAGUAAUGUGUCUACAGGAUAUGAGAUAUUUGUCAAAAGUAUUAUACGCUGGAUGUAUUUCCGCUGUUUUAAUACCCCAACUAUUAUUAGAACCUCGUUAUUUUAUAAUACCAUAUAUAUUAAUACGUUUAAAUUUCCAAGAACCAAAAUUAUGGCAAAUGUCAUUGGAAUUAAUAACGACUUUAAUUAUUAACUUUGUACAAUUUUAUAUAUUUGUUACGAAAACGUUUUAUUGGACAGACCAAGAAGGUCCUCAACGAUUAUCAUGGUGAUGAAUUAUAUAUAUGUUUAAAUAUUUAUAACAGCUAUUUUAAAUAGUUUAAUAGAUUUAAAUUCAAAAAUAUAUAUAAAUUUAUUUAAGUAAUUAUAAAUUGUUUAAGUAAUUUAAUAUUUGAAAUCUUGUUUUACGUUAGACUUCUUUAGACGCUAACAGUACAAAUAGAUUAUGUCAAGUCGUGUUUGUAAUUUAAUCUGUCUGCACUUGAAGAGCUUAGAGAAAAAGUUUCAAUGUCAGGAACGAUAGAAUCUUUUGAUAAUUUAAUUAUUUAAUUGACAUAUGUUUUUAAAAGUUUAAAAACUUUUAUACAUAAAAAAAGAACUAUCGGGUAUUUAAAUUUUACAUUUUUUUUUCUUUUAUUAAAUCUUAAAGCCAUUCUCAGACAGUGCCCCUCACUUUUUUAAAAUAUUAAAUGACUUUCAAUUGUAAUGGUAUUAAAAUUUUGAUAAUUAGUUAAAAAAAAGUUUAUGCAUUAAUUGAAAAAAGGACAACAGAAACACAGAUUUAAAAAAAAUUUAUUUACUUGAUAUUAUUUUAGGAGUUAAACGAAAUUUGGAAAAUAAAUUUCAGUAAAAUUUUUAUGUCAGUUUUAUAAUUCGAAUUUAAAAAUUUUGUAGGCUCGAAAUUUACUCAACAAAUUUCGUUUAACUCCUAAUUAAUAACAAUUGUAAGUAAUUUUUUUAAAAAUCUAUAUCGGCAAAAUUUUUUUCAAUUAAUGCUUUAAUUUUUUUGAAAUUAAUUAAUAAAAUUUAAAUACGCUUAUGACAGUCAUUUAAAUUUUAAAAAAAGUGGGGGAACUGUGAAUGCCCUUAAAUUAUUUAAAUAUUUUUAUAUUUAUACGUCACAGCCGUUUAAAUUCGUAAGAUUGCCAAAAUUAUUCUAUGACUGAUGAGUUAUAUAAAUAUAUAUAUAUAUAUAUUUGAGAAAUAUAUUAAUAUUAUUAUAGGAAUAGGGUAAAGUGACAAAAAAAAUUAAGAAAGAGUAUAAUUGUUUAUUAUAACUAAGCGAGAUCUUAUAUUUCAAUAUUUUACACUUAAUUAUUAAAACAAGUUGAAUCUUAAUAAUUAUAAUCACUUUUUUUUACUCUAAUUAUUGAAUGUAUAAUUAAAUAUAAGAAUAAGUAACAUUGCAGUAUACACUUUUGUGUAUUAUACAAAUAUAAUACAUUAUUUUGUUUAUCGUAUUUUAUACUCGUCAUUUAGAUUAAAAUUAAAAAUCAUAAAAAAAAAUAAAGUAACAAAUUAAUAAUCAUUAAUUAUUAUUACAUAAUUAAAUAAUAAGUGAAUUUAUUAAUUUGCAUUUUUGUGCAUAUAACAACUUUUUUUUUUUUUUUUUAGUUUUAAUUAAAUAUUAAAAUUAAUUUAAUUGCAGUAUAAAUAUUUUUAUUACUCGGUAUUGUCUCCCAAUUGAAUCCACUAUCCUGUGAUUUUUAUUUAUUUAUUAUUUUAAUAAUAAAUUUAAUUUACAACUAAUUCUUAUUAUAAAAUCUUAUAGUUGUGCAAGGGACUCGAUAUGCAUAUGCUACAAUUAAAUAUGCAAAUAUGCAUUUUAUUUUAAAAAUGCUUUACGUAACAAUGCGUAUUCAAUUUCUAAGCUCCAUUAUUUAUUUAUUGCUUUAUUUUUAUCAUUUUUAUUAAUACCAUUAUUUUUAUUUAUAUUCAUCAUAAGUAUUUUUUUUUUUUAUUAUUA